UCGAGAGGAAGUGGGUGUCUUUUUCGGAAAUGUGCAUGGUGGAAAGGGAUUAUUUGUUCUGGUUCUGGGUUUUUUCAUGUUCAAUUUUUGCAUUGUGUUUUAUCUCUACCUUUUUUCUUUUUUAGCUGUCUUUUCUCCCUUUCCUCCACUCCCAUAACACGGGAGAUAUUCAGCCGUGUGUUCCAUUCCUCUCUUUUUAUUGCCCCCCCUUCGAUGAUUGAUGGCGUACUCGACUUUUUUCCUUUCAUUUGGAGCUUGUGGCUUUGUUUUUCUAUCGCUAUGGCAAUUGCAGCGGUCGCUUUCCACACACACACGCACACUUCUUCGGAAUCCUGAUAUUCCCUUGGAAUUUGUCUUUUUUUUUCACUUUUCUUUUUUUCCGUCGUGAGUUGUAUAUACCAAAAUACCCAUCACCACCACUGCCCCUUGGCUAUCAUAUCAACAAGUCAAGUCAUGCAAAAGGGGGAGUUAGUGAGUGAGUAGGGGGAAGUUGGCAUUAGCAUCGUGGACAACUGGUGAAGUUAAUUAAUGACGACGGAUAACUUACCGCAUCUAACGUU